AUGGUGUUUUCCUGGAGAAAAGGUCUAGGAGCCUGGCGCCUGCUGCUCUCGCUUCUGCUCCUCGCAGCCUGGGAAACGGGGAGCGGCCAGGUCCGCUACUCGGUCCCCGAGGAGGCCAAGCACGGCGCCUUCGUGGGCCGCAUCGCGCAGGACCUGGGGCUGGAGCUGGCGGAGCUGGUGCCGCGCCUGUUCCGCGUGGCGCCCAAGGGCCGCGGGGACCUUCUGGAGGUGAAUCUGCAGAAUGGCAUUUUGUUCGUGAAUUCUCGGAUCGACCGCGAGGAGCUGUGCGGGCGCAGCGCGGAGUGCAGCAUCCACCUGGAGGUGAUCGUGGAGAGGCCGCUGCGGGUUUUCCACGUGGAGGUGGAGGUGACGGACAUUAACGACAACCCGCCGGUGUUCCCAGUGGCUGUAAAACAAUUGUUUGUUUACGAAUCCCGGCCACCUGGUUCUCGGAUCCCGCUAGAGGGCGCAUCAGAUUCAGAUAUAGGAGCGAAUUCGCUGUUGACCUACAUUCUUAAUUCCAGUGAAUAUUUUACCUUGGAUGUUAAAAGAAAUGAUAAGGAAAUAAAAUCCAUUGGACUGGUGUUGAGAAAACUGUUAAAUCGGGAAGACACUCCUGAGCACCAUUUAUUAAUAAUGGCAGUUGAUGGUGGGAAACCUGAGCUCACUGGCACUACUCAGCUGACAAUCACCAUUCUAGAUGUCAACGACAACGCCCCACAGUUUGAGCAGCCGGUCUACAAAGUUAGAUUAUUCGAAAAUACAGCAAAUGGUACCCUCGCAGUGAUUGUGAACGCCUCUGAUUUGGAUGAAGGGGUAAAUAAGGACAUUGUGUAUUCUUUCAGUACAGACACGUCAGCAGAUACUCUGUCGAAAUUCCACUUAGACCCUGUAAAUGGAUACAUCAGUGUAAAGGGCAACUUAGAUUUUGAGGAAACUAAGUUAUACGAAAUCCAGGUAGAAGCGACAGAUAAAGGAAAUCCCCCAAUGGUAGAUCACUGCACUGUUCUAGUGGAAAUUUUGGACAAAAAUGAUAAUGUACCUGAGUUGGUUAUCAAAUCACUAUCGUUACCUGUAUUAGAAGAUGUUCCACUGGGAACGAUCAUCGCCCUGAUUAGCGUAUCCGACCGCGAUUCCGGUGUCAACGGACAGGUGACCUGCACCCUGUCACCCCAAGUUCCCUUCAAGCUGGUGUCCACCUUCAAGAAUUACUAUUCGCUGGUGCUGGACAGCGCCUUGGACCGCGAGAGCGUGGCGAACUAUGAGCUGGUGGUGACAGCGAGGGACGAGGGCUCUCCAUCUCUGUCGGCCACAGCCAGCGUGUCCGUGGAGGUGGCCGACGUGAACGACAACGCGCCGGAGCUGCUGUCGCUGGUGGACGGCGGCCAGGCGCCCAAGGCCUCUGUGUCGGCGUCUGCGGGCGCCGCGGGCUCGGAGGCGGCGCUGGUGGACGUGAACGUGUACCUGAUCGUCGCCAUCUGCGCGGUGUCCAGCCUGCUGGUGCUCACGCUGCUGCUGUACACGGCCGUGCGGUGCUCGGCGGCGCCGAGCGGGGGCGCGUGCGGGCCGGGGCAGCCCAGGCUGGUGUGCCCGGGCGCGGGGGGCAGCUGGUCGGCCUCGCAGCAGAGGCGGCCGCGGGUGUGCUCUGGGGAGGGCGCGCCCAAGACGGACCUCAUGGCCUUCAGCCCCAGCCUUCCUCCGGGUCCGUUUAGUAAGGAUACAGAAGAGCAGCUGGACGUGGAUGUUGAUGUUUCUGCCAAAAUGCUGAAAAAUGAAGGACGCAGCGACACUGGGCUGAACGUUCAGAAGAUAUCCGUUGAUUUCCAAGUAAGAUCCCUUAAUGAGAUGGAGUUUUCCUGGGGACGAGGCCAGGAAUCCCGGCGCCUGCUGCUCUCCCUUCUGUUCCUCACAACUUGGAAGGUGGGGAGCGGCCAGGUCCGCUACUCGGUCCCCGAGGAGGCCAAGCACGGCGCCUUCGUGGGCCGCAUCGCGCAGGACCUGGGGCUGGAGCUGGCGGAGCUGGUGCCGCGCCUGUUCCGCGUGGCGCCCAAGGGCCGCGGGGACCUUCUGGAGGUGAAUCUGCAGAAUGGCAUUUUGUUCGUGAAUUCUCGGAUCGACCGCGAGGAGCUGUGCGGGCGCAGCGCGGAGUGCAGCAUCCACCUGGAGGUGAUCGUGGAGAGGCCGCUGCGGGUUUUCCACGUGGAGGUGGAG